GAGAGAGAGAGGCGCAUGCGCAGUACAGCCGAGGUUCUGAUGAGGUUCGGCUGAUGUAGGUCAGAGUCCAGAAGCAGCUUCACACGGGUCUGUGAAUUUAGGACAACCGAACCGAACCGAACCGGAGCUCAGCGUCGGUUCUGUCUGCGAGGAACAGCGAUGGCGGGAUGAUCGGGACCGGCCCGGUGUUUGAGGAUGAACCGGAGCGACGGAGCGGCGGCGGCCGAGCGGGAUUUUGUUGUGGAUGGAGAGGGAAAUGUGUGCAGAACUACGGGUUACAUGACUGAUUGUCUGAAUGAAGACACUGAUAAAGUUCCUCUUCAAACGCAUCCGCUGAGAGAAUUUGAACAGCACCUCAAUGAUCUGAAGAAGGAGAACUUCAGCCUCAAGCUGCGCAUCUACUUCCUGGAGGAACGGAUCCAGCAGAAGUUUGAGGACAGCAGUGAUGAGAUCUACAGAACGAACAUCGAGCUGAAGGUGGAGGUGGAAAGUCUGAAACAGGAGCUGCAGGAAAAACAGCAACUGCUGGAUAAAGCGCUGAGAGCAGCAGAGAGUCUGAGCAAUCACAAUGAAGAGGAGCUGCAGCGACGGUGUGAGGAGAGACAACAGGAGAUUGAUCACAUGCAGCAGGUGCUGGAGACCAAGAUACAGAUACUGCAGGAGGAGGCUCAGUUAGCGCGGGACGAGGCCGAGCGCAUGGCCAGCGUCGCUGAAUCUCACUCCCAGCAUCCCUCUGUCACCAUGGAAACAGUUGCCAAGGACACACCAGGAGACACAAGCACACAGCCUGAUGAAGAUGCAGACAGUGAGAGGAUCGAGCGGCUGAGCGCGGCGCUGUGCCACAAGGAGCGGAUGAUCAGAGAGCUGACGGAGGAGAAGACGGAGCUGAGACAGAGAGUGAGACACAUGGAGGAGCAGCUGCAGCAGCUGUCUGUGUCUCUGCUGCAGAGAGAAAGAGACGCGCAGUUCUAUCAGGAGGAGUUGGGUCGUGAGAGGCUCCGUGUGCAGCAGGAGAUGCAGAGUCUGAUAGAAGAGCAGCAGCUGCAUCAGUAUGAACACGCCGCUGGUCAGUGUGUGAAUGAACUGCAGCAAGCACAGCUACAGCUCGAGUCUCUGCAGAACAAGAUCCACGAGAGCGAGACCAGCAACAAGGUGCUGCAGGAGAAACUGUGUGAGAUGGAGUCAGAGCUCCAGUCCAUCAGACAAGCUGCUCAGAAGCAAGAGAGAACCAUCCAGAACCUCACAGACAGCCUGAGAACUAAAGACACAGAGACUCAGGAGCUGUACCAUGUGAUUGAGGGCCAGAACAACACACUGCGUAAAAUCACAGAGACCCACCAGCAGCAGCUGCAACACACACAGACUCCAGAGGGCACCGUGGACUCGGGUUCGGUUCUGGGCUCCCAGAGUUCUCUGUUCUCGUGUCAGCUGGAGUUGGAGGCAAGUCAGCGCGCUCACAGACUGACUCAGAGACGUCUGGAGGAUCUGACGCGAGAGCGAGAGCGACUGCAGAACGACCUCCAGGAGGCGCUGCAGCACAGAGACAUCAGCCACAAACACAACCAGGAGCUGCGUGAGAUGGUUGAGCAGCUGCGGUCUGAGCUGCAGCUCAAAGUGUGUGAGCUGAGAGAUCAUGAAGCCUCGACUCGCUCAAAAAUCACAGACCGGGACAAAAGCAUCGCACAGCUCCAGCAGAGCUUAUGCCGCAAAGACGCGCUGCUGCAGGAGUAUGCAGAGCUGCAGAAUGACUCGUGUGACUCCAGCGGCCGCGAGGAGAGAGACGUGCUGCUGCAGACGCUGAGGAGCCGCAUCCGAGACAGAGACGCCGCGCUCGAGCGCUCAAUCGAUGAGAAGUUCCGCUGUCUGGAGGAGAAGGACAGUGAGGUGCGUCGACUGCAGCUGGUGCUCCGCGAGAAAGACCGAGACCUGGAGAGACUGCGCUGCGUCCUCAACAACAACAACGACACCAUCACGGGUUUGGAUGCUCUGGUGCGCAGUAAGGAUCUGGAUUUGGAGAGAACGCAGGAAGCGUGCCGCAAACUGGAGUGGAUGAGACAGCAGAGCGAUGAGAAACACACACUCGCUGUACAGGAGAGAGACGGCAUCAUUCAUCAGCUGCAGACGGUGCUGCGCUCACACAGCAGAGAGAGCGAGGAGCUCAGGUCAGUGCUGCUGGGAGAAGUGUCCGCCGCUGACGUGCUCCAGGAGCUCCAGGCCCAUCUGUCCGUGAAGGAGCAUCUGUUUCAGGAAGUGAUGUCAGACCGCAGCCGGCAGGCGCAGGAACACCACAGACAGCUGACGGAGCUGCUCCACACCAUCAGCUCCAGAGAUCAGGACAUGAAGGAUUACGGCGAGCAGUUGGGUCGAGUGAUUUCUGAGCGAUCGGGUCAGUUGCAGGAGUUGCGCCGGCAGCUAGCGUCACGAGAACAGGAGCUGAAUGACAUGAACAGGGAGCGAGAGAGAGAUGUUUCUGCGACCAGAGAGCUGCAGCGACUUCAGGACGUUCUCAAGGAGAAAGACGCCUUCAUACAGGAGUUACUGCAGGGUCCGAGUGAGAUGUUGAACUCCACACCAGCACCAGCUCAGGCCGUGUGCACGAGCAGCUCAGGUGAUCCGGAUGUACAAGCCAUCAGAGAUGAACUACAGCUGACACUUCAGAAACACAGAGAGACCGAGCGGGAGCUCUCAGAGAUGCGCUCGGUUCUGGCUGCAGGGCGUCAUGACACAUCAAGCUCUGAUCAGCAGUGUGUCCUGCAGCAGCUCGUGUCGGAGCAGCAGGCGCUGAAUGAAGCUCUGAGAGCAGAGAAGAGCGUUUAUGAGAAUCUCAGACGAGUCCCGAGUCAAGACGACAGCAGCGCUGAGAAGCCUGGAGCGCUGUACGCCGAACUGGACUCGCUUCAGGCGCUGCGCCAGCAGCUGGAAGAAACCCUGACGAGGGCCCGCGAGACGGCGCUGGUGCUGGACCGGGCCACGCUGAUCCAGACGGACUAUGGAGAAUCCAGCAGUGAUGAAGAUGAAGAUGAUCGUGAGAGCAGCAGCGAGGAGUUCACAGACAGCAUAGAGGACGAUGAGAUCAAACUGACGGCUCAGAGUCUGACGAGCGCACAGAAAGCUGAGGAGUUCGGCAGGGCGCUGAUGUCCCAAAAUGCAUCAGAGCAGAGAAACCGAGAUGAAAGCGAGAUGGGCGAAGAAACGGGCUGCUCCUCACUCGCUCGCUCCAGGAACGCUCUGAAUGAAGACGAGUCUGGAUUAGCUGCGGAUGAGGAGGAAUCUGUCAGGUGUCGAGGGUCAGAGAAGCGUGAAACAGAACGACCAAACUCCCGUGAGCCUCAGAGAGUUUACCGUGCGUUCCAAGAGGAGGAGGAGGAGGAGGAGGAGGAAUAUGAUGAUGAAGAUGGAGAGGAAGGGGAAGAUGUCAGGGGCCCUCAGCGCAAGCGUGGGCCCCCGAGUGUGAAGCUGCGGGAGGGGAGGUGGAAGAGGAGGUGCACCAGACCUCAUUCUCUGGACCUCGGAGCUCUGCUGUCUCACAAACCUGCAGCCCAGCACACAGUUCAGGAUGUAGGAAUGGAGCGGGAGGUCGAGGGGGACAGCGGUGGUUCGAGUGCAGGAGGGGGUGGAGCUAUCGGCUUCUGGCAGCACGUGGAGGCGGGGCUUCGGGAGCAGGCGGAGCGUCUCCGUAGUGACCUCGCUGUGAGUCGUCAGGAGAGCCGUGAGCUGCAGGAGAGACUGAUGGUGUCAGAGGCAACGGUGCAAGCACAGGCAGAACAACUGAAAGACUACAGAGAGCUGCUGACUGAGAGCGCCGUGCAGCAGGACAGUAAACAGGUGCAGGUGGAUCUUCAGGAUCUGGGAUACGAGACGAGUGGCCGCAGUGAGAAUGAAGCUGAGAGAGAUGACGCCAGCAGCCCCGAGUUUGAUGAGCUGGAGACGGGCGUCUCUCUCUCGGUUACAAUGAGCAGACGCAGUGGCUGGAACGCAGACAGCGACGGAACGCAGACAGAUGACCCGUCCUCGCUGAAGCGUCUGGUGCAGGAUCUGCGCUCGCAGCUAUCUCGCUGCUACAAAGUGAUCCGCGGCCUGCAGCUGCGCAUCCGCUCGCUCUCAAACACCUCCGACUAUGCCUCCAGCCUGGAGCGCACGCCGCGCAAGGUGAACUGGGCGUUUCAGGUGAGCUCGGCUCACAGCGGUGUGGACGAGGACGAGGGCUGGCAUUCAGACGGGCCGCUGAGACCCAGUCGCGAGCUGCAGGAGCUGGUGAGCCGCGUGACGCUGCUGGAGACGCAGAUCAGGAGCUCUGCACGUGAGGGAAAGAGCGGCCCGGAGGACGGGAAAUGUGCCACCUGGCCCGGGAAGUACAACACACUGAUCCAGGCACAGGCACGAGAGCUGUCCCACCUGCGUCAGAAGAUGCGAGAGGGCCGGGGCAUCUGCCACAUCCUCACACAGCACUUGAGUGACACGACCAAAGCCUUCGAGGAGCUGCUGCGCGCCAAUGACAUCGAUUACUACAUGGGCCAAAGCUUCCGGGAGCAGCUUUCCCAGAGUUCCUCACUCGCUCAGAGAGUCAGCACCAAGAUCAGUGGACGUGAUCGUUCAGAGCAGCAAGAUGAUAAAACGGGUCACGAGCUGCUCGCACUGAGGCUGAGUAAGGAGCUCCAACACAAAGAUCAAAUCAUCGAGUCUCUCCACACCCAGUUACAACAGCGUCCGGAAACGCCCUGCAGCAGCCACGCCCCUUCCGAGACAACAGACCAAUCAGAUUGCACCUCGUUUGUGUCUGACGAGAGAGGAUCCACCAACGAGGACGUGGACCUGUGCUCAGAUGUGGACGCCACCAAUGAGUUUCCACAGGAGGAGCCCCGACCCAAAGACAGAGGUGUGUUCACAGGACUCUUGUCCAGCUCACAGCCACUGAUCCAAACCCAGAGCUGGCCUGCUCACUCUAACCCCAUGACCUUUGCCCCCCUGACCUGCCCUGACCCUGAGCACAGGAUCCUGACUGUCCCAGCACAGCGGAGGCCACCCAUGAGAACUCUCAGCGCUCCUCACUCGCUCUCCAGCUAUCAGCUGACCGCGCAUUCCAUCGAUUACACGCCCGUAUCCCAUCAUGCACUGGGAAACAGUGGAGGCCCAUCUGUGCAGACAGAUGCAUUGUGGGACAUGGAGAAUAUGAUUCAGCCAAUUAGAGGUUUUGAUGGAUCAUCUUAUGACCAGUCUGGCAACAGCCAAUCAGGUGUCGACGUGAUCGAGGAGCAUCUGAGAGAGAUCCGAUCUCUGCGUCAGCGACUGGAAGAUUCCAUCAGAACCAACGAGAGACUGAGACAGCAGUUAGAGGGACGUCUGGCCACAGCGGCGAGAGACACCGUGGCUCCAACCAACAUCUUUAUCCAGAGUCAUGAUGCAGUCAGUCAACUGACCAAUGAAGUCAGAGCGUUAAAGGAGGAAAAUCUGGCACUACAGUCAAGGUUACAAGCCAGCAGAGACUCCAGUGAAGAGGCGGAGCAGCUCCGGGAGGCGGUGCUUUCUGGGCGUGUCCGUCUGCAGCAGGCGGAGUUAGAGGCGGAGCAAUGGAAGGAGGAGUUGAGGAGGCUGCAGACACACAACUGUGAACAAAGCCAACAAAUCCAACAACUGCGUCAGGACAGACAAAACAGCCAGGAGCACAACAACAGACUGCAGCACGAGGUGACUUUACUCCAGCAGCAGUUAUCAGAGAGCAGACAGCUGCUACACUCCCUACAGAGUGAACUACAGCUGUACGACCGCGUGUGUGGCGUGAGAAAGAGCGCCGCUGCAGGGUUGGUGUGUGGCGUGCGCUGCCCGGCGGUGGAGCUCGCGGAGCUGCUGGUGGAAGUGCGGGCUCUAAGGGCCCAGCUGGAGCGCAGUAUACAGGAGAACAGUGCUCUACGAGCUCAGCUGCAGAAACAGCUGGAUCAUUGCAUCGAUCAGCGCCCGUCGCCCAUCAUCCCGGCCAGUCCGCUGCGAGACGUGCUUUACCGCCGACAGCUUCUGCACGACCCGUCUCCUUCUCCUCCGGUCAGAGACGUGGGGCCGCUGUACUCGCCGUACUCAGAGAUGGAGGAGAGCGCUGUGAACACUAACGACUCACUGGAGCCUCAUGCGGAUCUGGAAGGAGAAGCUCCGGACGGCUCAUUCGCGAACCGUAAUGGGCGGCACGCCAUCGGUCACGUGGACGACUACAGCGCACUGCAGCAGCAGGUGAUGGAGGGCCGGGCGCUGGUGCAGCGGAUGGAGGCGGCGCUGCAGGCGAGUCUCGGAUCAGUCCUGCUGGAGAUCAGCGGAGGGAAGGCUCCAGACUACAAGACAGAGAAGACGCUGCUCUCCGACACCAAGACCUUGAGUCAGAUUCUGGAUGAGGCCGUCUCUCUGCUCAAGAUGUUCUGGCGGGCGGCGCUUCCGAGCAGCGAUGGUCCCGCUCAUCUCAUUCAGAGGGAGCAGUCGAUGCGUGAGGAGAUCCAGUCGCUGCGUUUGCGGAUCGCUGAACAGGAGGAGGUUCUGCAGGGAACCAUCCAGCGUCUGCGCUGCUCAAACCGAACCAAAGAAAGCAUGGAAACCUUCAUCGUCAACCAGCUUUCCCGGACGCGAGAUGUGCUGAAGAAAGCACGAGCGAAUCUAGAGAAGAACGAGCUCAGGAUUUCCUCUCUAAGCUCCUCCUCUUCCUCUCUUUUCCAUGGUAAAGUCUUCACAGGUGCGUCCGCAGGUUCUUCUGCUUGGGGUCGCGUGACCUCUGCGUCUUCUGCGAUCGCCGUGGAAACAGCCAAUCUGCAGCAACCUGCCAAGAAGCGGGUCAGGGAAUGACUUGAGCCUUCCGCCUCCCGUUAAACCAGCCGACAACCAGUCAACGCCUCUAACUCACCCGCCUUACCCUCCUUCUGUGCAAUUUUACCUCUUUCCUUUAACAGUGGGCCGUUAAUAUCCACAUGCCUAUUGAUUGACAGUUUGUGAGAAGACAGUAUUUAUCUUUUGCCACGAGACAGAGAGGAAUCACAUUCUUCACUUUCUGAGAUAUAAACAGACUGCCACAGAAUUCCCUUGAGUAUCUCAGGGAUUUUUGGCAAAAACACAUUACAUUUGUGCGGCUGAUCAGCAUGCGAGCCGUUCUGAGCGCUCACCGCUGUGUCACGAGACAAAAAUGGCAACUAAAGCGUGUGAAAUAAGUUCAAGUGCUUGACAUUGUGCCAUAUAUUGUGCCACUGUUAGUAUUAGUAUGAUUGUUGAUAUUGUCAUCAUUAUCCAGUGCUACUGAUUGAAAUUGAAUGUUGUGUUUAGUAUUUGCAUGAUGGAGGUUGAUAAAAAGAAAGGUUCACCAAACAAGCCAAAGUUUGCAUGGUUAAUUUCCCUCAUUUCGGCUGUUGAUGACGACUUCUGUAUGUAAACUGAUUUCAAGUCACCCAUGUUUACUAGCACUAUUUUAACCACCUUGUAGUAACUGUGUAGGAGUGCUUUGGGCGUCUUGGCAGUCGCUUACGCCUGAACUUCAUUCACAAGCAAAUAAAUGGGUUGAGGACACAAUAUAGAAAGUUGAGACUUUCUGCAUUUGCGAAAAUGAAUAUAGAAUGCGAGUAAGUUGACAUUGAUUUGUGCAGUUAUUCUUGUGCAAAUAUAAUCAAUGACGGUGUUGAAGAUUUCUGAACUACAGAUUGCAAACUUUGGCAGGGGAUUGGUGGGACCAGAGCUGCUGAUGUCACAAUCACGUAGCCAAUCACAAUCAGAGAUGUGUCUUUGUUGCUCUUAGAUUUGUGCUGCUGUAUAUUUUCUUUCCAAGCUGUACAUAUAUGCCUUCCUGCUGUUUGAGUUUGCCGGUGUGGGUCAAUCUAGUCAACGUUUGCUAUAGGAUAUGCAAAUUUAUAACACAUGGGUAGCUGUGCAAUAGCCAU